AUGCAACGGCCUAGGGACGCCGACAUGUUCGAGGACUUUUGCAAGGACAAGUUGCCCGAUGAUGAGAUAUACGUGCCACCGCAUCACCAGCCUAUCAAUCCAGAGGAUGAGGACGACGUCGUACCCGAUCAACAUGCUGCCUUUGGUAUCCAGAAAGCUACCCAGCGAAGCAAGGAGCCCGCUUGGAAGGAUCUAGGGUUAGCGGAGCUCAUGGGCCGGGGACCUGCUGCGGAGAAAGGUGGGAAUACGAAUGGAGGCGGAAGCCGGGCUUCGAAAACGCCAUUUAAGGGAUUGCCGCGAUGA